AGGAAAGUUGCCGAGAAGUGAAUCGGUAUGAGACUUGCUACUACUACACUUGUCAUUGCUGUACUAGCAACAGCAAUUCACGCCCAGCUGCUUUGCUACCAAUGCGAUGAUUGUUCCUCGUCUAAGCCGAUAGUUCAUCCCUGCGGAUUCGUCGGACCGGAAAAAGCCUAUACGUUGUAUCCACCGCUCUUGACGCCUCCGACAGGGUUCCCACAGUAUCCACUAAACCCAUGGGAUCCUCAAGUGAACGAUCGUCAACUCGUGCGCCGUGGAUGCACCCGUCUAGGUCCGAGCCCAGAAGAAACCUGCAACGGUGUUGUUGGAAGUUCUGAUGAUCACUGUGAGCUUUGCACGUCUCAUCUCUGCAAUACUGGAACAUAACCGGCUGGAACUCACCGGGUGGAGUCUCAUUGAUAUUAAUAUUUUUAUUAUUAUUAU